UGUUUGGGAAGAUUAGUUUCAAUUGGACAAUAAAAAGAUGGCUAAGGAAGAAAAACUAUCUGUAAAGAAAGCAAUUCAGUUUGGUAUUAAUGGAUAUAUUCCAUCAGUGCAACUAUGCAUCAGAAAUGAAAAUUCCCCCCAAAGUUAUUAUGCUUGUUUAGACAACAUGCAAAUAAAACACAUGUGACUGAAUAAAGCUGGAUCCCUAAUGGAGAGCUGCUGUCAAAAGAGAACCAGGAAAGCCAUAGACUCAACCUUACCUUUAAAUUAGUUAACUGAAACAGCCUGUUGCAAUUUUGGAAUACAGUGACCAUGUUAGCUGCAGGUAAAAAUUCCUGCACUCCUGAGCUACGAGAAUUCUUUCCUUAAAUUUUAUAUUUAAUUUACCUUAGUUUUUGGUCUAAUCUGCAAUUAAAUUUGGAAGAGGAUCCCUAAAGAGAACAUGCCAUUUGAAAAUAUACAUAAUAACAAGGAGAAGAAUGAUCAGCUCCAGGGGUAAGGCGUUAAUUUGCAUCUUAGGAACAAUAUUAAUAUACAGGUCAAAUGUCAAAUGAAAUGGGUCGCAGAGAAACACGUUACUUACAAACUUUAAACUGUGACUCAAUGGCCCAGCAAAACAUGAAAAUGCGCCCAGUGCUGCUGAAAAGGAACAGCCUGGACUCGGCAGAUUUUAUGAGACACCCCCAGCACCGCAGGAGCAAAUCCCAGCAAGUUCGGUUCAAGGAUGACGGUGUCAGCACCAAGGCACAGCUGGAAGCUCAUCCUGCCCAAGACACAGCAUUCUCAACUGGAAAACCAGAAAUAUUUAGGGAUCACAAUUUUUUGCUAGCUCAGUCUCCAACUUUUCCAAGGGCUCAGAAGGGGCUUCGGAAUAUUGCCAUACAAACUUCUCCCAGCCUCAGGAAACACUUCCCAGUUUUUAAAAGGAAAAGGCUGACGGUAAGCAAAUCGCUGACAGAAAUGCCAGCAGAGCCUGCAAACCCUAUCCAGGUAAAUGGCAAUCUUUGUGAAGCAGACAUUCUGUCCUCAGAGCUCUGCUACCUGAGGAUAAGUAAUCACUUGGAGGAUGGAUGCAGGAAUAGCGAGGUGGGCUUGGCUCAAAGGUCAUCAAAAGCACAAAGCAAUGGACCGAGAUACUCGGACGAUUUCUCAGCCUCAGACAAGACAACUGCGUCUACACAGGUGCCUGAAUACAUUCAUGUGAGUUUUCCACAGGACAGAAACGUUCCCCUGGAUGCACCAGACACGACCACAGUUUUGAGUAAUUCACUACACUCUUCUACCGUCAUCAACAGCAGCGAAAGUCAUGAAAACAGCACACUGUCAUCUGAUUCUGAAAGAGCAGAGCCCUGCCUAAGCAAUUCUGUGAGCUGCAGUGAAUGGAACCCCCACUCUGCUGCUCGUGAAACGGAGAAAAGCGACCCUGAGCCGCCUGUAGCCAGUAGAGAUGGCAGCAGUAAGGAAAGCACUCCCCUGUCACCCCCAUCAAAUCACAGCUCAUCUCCUUGUUUCCUCAGAGACUGUCACCAGGCAGGAGAGCACAAGCCAGAUUCCAGCUGCGUGACGUUACCAAGUGAUGAUCACCCAACAGUGGCACUGGCCAGCAGUAACGCACCAAAACCACGGCUGUCCUGUAACGCUGAAAUGGAGAAAAAUUCCACCCAGUCGGAUGUUUCCCAGUCCAACAGCUGUUUAGAAGGAUUUCACAUAAAGUCUUAUCCGCCAAGGAAUGAAAUAAACCCGCAAAGCAACAAAGAGAUUAACGAAAUAAAUCAAAUUCACUUGGCACAUGGCGAACUCUGUGCCCUACAAGGCAGGCUGCAGUCUGUAGAGGAAUCCUUGCAGUCAAACCAGGAGAAGAUUAAAGUCCUUUUGAAUGUAAUCCAAGACCUGGAAAAAUCCAGAGCCCUCAGUGAAGGGCGAAACUUCUACCACACUGGGCAGGACCUGAACAACUGCAGCACCUGUCAGAACACGGCGUGCAUCAUUUACAGUGUAGAAUAUGACUUCAGACAACAAGAAGGAAGAUUUCAUCAGAUUUUGAAAACACUGGACAAUGCAGAACAAAAUCCAGCUCCAGCUUCACCUCAGAAGCCUCCACCUGAUCCUCCAGCUCCCGAGAAAAAGGAGUUAAGGAGAAAAACAAAAAAGGUGAAAAGAAAAUGCUUCUGGUGGAUUUGACUUCCUCAUGCAUCCUUUUACAUUUCAAAAGACACUGAAACAAAGAGCUUGAGAGCACACACCUGAAAAUGUGCUAUUAUGAAAUCAAAAAGGUUAAGAAUGUUUAAUUAGUGUACCUGAAAAAUCAAAAUAAUUGAAUUUAAUUAAAUCAGCUCACUGAAUAAAGGUGCAUGAAGAUACAAUUUUCAAGAAAAGGAAUUGUUUCUUUCAAAAGGAAGUUCUCAUUUUUUUUCAAGGACACUUUCAUAUGCUUUGUAAAGACCUUUUUUUCAACUUUCCAAAAAUAACAAAUUUUAAAUCUCUACUUUAAAAAACAAUGGUAGACAAAGCUAAGCAUGUCACAUGGCCUUCAUUUCCCAUUUAUAAGCAACGUGGACUAAAAGGAAAAAAAACUUCAUCGAGCUUUGAACAAACCACAUCAUCAAGAACAAAUUCAGGGAAACCUAAAUUGUUCAAAAAAAUCUCUCCUCACAGGAGACAAUUAUAAUUAUUUCAUAUCCCCACUGAAAUAAUUUUGUUGCUGACAUCUAAUAUUGAACAACAAACAAAAGAAUUUCAGCUUAAGUUUUAAGUCUAUCCUUUUCUUUGUUCAUUAUAAAAAGCCACCAUUUAGAAGUAUCAACCAUUUAAGAGACUUCUCUGAAAAGAAUUGGGGAGUUGUAAAACAAAAGAAGGUCACAGUAACUCUUGUCUUAAACCCCUGCUCAAGCAAGUUCAGUGAAUUUGAAUUGUGAGUAUCUCCAAAGACAAGAAUCCUCAGCUCCUUGGGAAAGGCUGUUCCAGGGUUUUUUCCCUAACAUCUACUCUGAACCUCCUGCAUUCUGGUUUGUGUCCAGUACACCUGGCUCUGUCCACGUACACCUGCCAGAAGAGCUCCAUGGAUGAUGAGUCCUCUCUCCUAAAUCUUCCAAAAGACUGAACAAACCCAGUUUUCAUUGUCUCAUCUCCCACACUGCAGCCACAGCCGUCCUGCUGCUGUCCCUGCAGUCAGCUGAUGUCUUUCACAAACCUGGAAGCCUAAAACUGGACACAAUCCCUCAGAGGUCAUCACACAAUUGCUGGAUAAAGAGGAAAAACUAUUUUGGCUACUGUCUUACUGAAUCAUUUGCCCAGUCCAUCCAUUUAAGACCUGUACUGCUGUACCAAAAUAUCCCAAUAUUUUUUUUCGCCUUAAGAUGUAAAUUAAUAUAUGAUGAAAAGUUGAACAUAAUAAUAUUUAGUGAACUGAUCCGUAUUACACAAAAAAAUUAUAUAUGCUGAAAAGAUUUUAUCAAAUAUCAAUGCAGCUACUUCUUUCCUCCAAAAAUACUCAAGUUACCAUUAGCACCAUUGGGUGUGCCAAUGGAAGCCAAUUUAUGAUUGGUGAUCCUAUUAUUUUAUUCAUGAAAACAUGGUCACCUUUCAUAUGGGGGGCAGGGGGGAAAAGGUUUUCCAAAGCAAGUUGAGUGGAAUGUACUACAGACCUUUUCUUAGAAGUGGCCCUGGUUCAGGGUAUUCUAUAGAUUAAACCCUGCAUCUUAUUUUUCU